UUCGUAUUCUCCUCAUCGCUUCCCUCAAAAACAAAUAAAUCUCUAAAAUCAAAAAAGAUGUCGACGAAGAAGAUUGUGUUGAAGAGCUCCGACAACGAGUCUUUCGAGGUUGACGAGGCCGUGGCUCGCGAGUCUCAGACCCUGGCUCACAUGGUCGAAGACGACUGCACCGACAACGGCAUCCCUCUUCCCAACGUCACCGGCAAGAUCCUCGCCAAGGUGAUCGAGUACUGCAAGAAGCACGUCGACGCCGCUGCUGCCAAGACCGAGGCGGCCGCCGAUGGUGGCGCUUCCUCCGACGAUGACCUCAAGGCUUGGGAUGCCGAGUUCAUGAAGAUCGAUCAGGCUACCCUCUUUGAACUCAUCCUGGCUGCUAACUAUCUGAACAUCAAGAACCUUCUCGACCUCACGUGCCAGACGGUGGCUGAUAUGAUCAAAGGCAAGACUCCAGAUGAGAUUCGCACGACCUUCAACAUCAAGAACGACUUCUCGCCUGAGGAGGAAGAGGAGGUGCGCAGGGAGAACCAAUGGGCUUUUGAAUGAUCUCACCAAAGAGAAGCCUUGUUGAAGCUAUAGCAGAACCUGCAAAGCUUCUUCCUUUAUCUUAUUUGCGUUUUAUGUUGUUAGGAAAAUUAAUGACUUAUGUUGGUUCCGUUCCUCCUAGUGCUUUUCUAUUUACCCAUUAAGAACCAAUUAUUGGAUAAUUUGUGGUUAUAAUCAGUCUUUGGUUAUCUUGUUU